GAUUUUAUUGGUUACUGCAAAGCUGCAAGGUCCGGUUGUGUUAGUUUUCCGGGUGAUUUUCAUCAUGGCUGGUAGAACUGUGGUAUUUGUGACUGGAAAUGCAAAAAAACUCGAAGAAGUUGUUCAAAUACUCGGAAACAAGUUUCCCUACAAACUAGUCUCAGAAAAGAUCGAUUUACCCGAGUACCAGGGAGAGCCAGAUGAGAUUUCUAUUCAGAAGUGUAAGGAAGCUGCGCAGCAGAUUGAUGGACCAGUCAUAGUAGAGGACACCUGCCUGUGUUUUAGGGCUUUGGGAGGACUACCUGGUCCUUACAUCAAAUGGUUUCUUGAUAAACUCAAACCAGAGGGUUUGUACAAACUUCUAGCUGGGUUUGAAGACAAGUCAGCGUGGGCUCUCUGCACCUUUGCGUUCUGUGCUGGUAAAGAUGAACCUGUGCAGCUGUUCAGAGGGAAAACAGAGGGACAAAUUGUGGAACCAAGGGGGCCAAAAGACUUUGGAUGGGACCCUUGUUUCCAGCCAAAUGGAUUUGAGAAAACUUACGCUGAACUUCCCAAAGAAGUAAAGAAUUCAAUCUCUCAUCGGUAUCGGGCGCUCGCUGCUAUGUCCGAGCACUUCUCACAGGCCAACAGUACUUCACCAGAGAGCAAGAAGAUAAAGGAGGAGGAUUAAACACUCCUCAAUGAAAAUUAUAUAGCAAUAUACGUGUAAAAAUUAGAGUAAAUGGUUUAAAACCAAAAGAUUUUUGUUGCAACAUUAAUCUAAGUUUGAGGAGGUUCUGCAUGUUCUUUUCAAUAAAGUAUCUGUAAUUUUUAAACUAA